AAAGAAAAGAAAAAGCUAUACCCCCUCUGCCCAUCUCCUUGCCGAGCCCCAGCCCCCUCGCUCCGUGGAUCUUCUUCCUCCUCGCGGAGCGCCGCCACCCAUCCCGCUGCCGAGCGCCCGAGGCCCCUAGCUCGUCUUCCUCCUCGCUCGAGCGCCUCCACCGCAGGGUGCUGGAAGGGUCUGUUUUGUGGUAUUUGUAUCCUUUACUACCUGUUGGCUCUCUAUGACAUCCUCUUCUUGGUCUUUUUGCAAGGUUGCUGAAGUGACAACUACGAGGCCAUCCCUCUACUGUUCUUGAUCUGAUUAAUCUUGACUCUCUUUUGCAAGGUCUUUGGUUUGGUGCCCUUAGCCUGUUGAUAACACAGCAAAUCAGCAGCUAAGCAUGGCGGAUGAUUCAAUGGUUGCGAGUUUCUGGGGGCCUGUUACAUCAUCAACUGAGUUGUGCGAGGAGAAUUAUGCACGCUCAUCAUAUAUUGCAGAAUUCUACAAUACUCUCUCUAAUGCUCCAUGCAUUCUUUUGGCGCUUAUUGGACUUGUGAAUGCUCUCCACCAACGUUUUGAGAAAAGAUUCAGUGUCUUGCACAUAUCCAAUAUGAUACUUGCUAUUGGGAGUAUCAUCUUCCACGCAACCUUGCAACAUGUUCUACAACAGAGCGAUGAGACUCCAAUGGUGUGGGAGAUCCUGCUAUAUCUGUAUGUCCUUUAUUCACCGGACUGGCAUUACAGGAGCACCAUGCCUACUUUCCUUGUCUUCUAUGGUGCCGCAUUUGCUGCAGUUCAUUUCUUCGUUCGAUUCCAAGUAGUAUUCAAGUUGCAUUACAUUGGCCUCUGCCUCCUCUGCAUCCCGCGGAUGUACAAGUACUACAUACAGACAAAGGACUUGGCUGCCAAGCGGCUCGCAAAGCUGUGGGUUCUUACUAUAUUUCUGGCAACUCUUUGCUGGCUAGUUGAUCGCAUCUUCUGUAAGAAGCUUUCGCACUGGUACAUCAACCCGCAGGGGCAUGCAUGGUGGCACGUGCUUAUGGGGUUUAACUCAUACUUUGCAAACACAUUCUUAAUGUUUUGCCGGGCUCAGCAGCGUGGGUGGGAGCCACGUAUUACCCAUCUUUUUGGGUUAUUGCCUUAUGUUAAGCUUCAGAAAUCCAGAAAGAGGGAGUGAGUUCUUUGAUGAUCAAUGGUGUUCUCCAGGACCUGAAAUCAAUGUCUGCCAUGUGCGCAAAAACAAGCUGUGGCAUUUUUGUAUAUGGGCUUCCAUCUGAUUUUGGACUACAAAUGUUAUGAUGUCUCACUGGAUUUUGGUAACUUUAACUGACGCCUGUUUUAUACCAUACUUAAUCGCAAAUCAGAGAUUAGUUGGAGUGUUCACCACUUAGUUCUGGUCUUUUUUGGUUCCUCUUCAGUUUGCCUUUCCGUACUAGUAGGCUGUGUUUUAUUUAUUCUUUUGAUUUGCCUUGAAUGAGGUUGAAUUGUAUUAGUUAACUUUGCUUCGUAUGACUAUAGAAUCAUCUUAUAACUAUCAAUUCUUUGCGAA